AUCAAAAUACUCAUAUCCCUAAAUUUGAACCAACCAAAACCCUAGUUUCGGCUAUAUAAACCCUACCAAAACCCUUAUUUCCCCCGCGCCUCUUCCAAGCACAAUCGCGAACACCACCUGUCUCUGUUUUCUUGCUCGGAACAAUCAAUCCAGGGAAAGGCCAUGGAGUUUUGGGGAGUUGAAGUCAAGCCUGGGCAGUCAUUGAAGGUCCAACCUGAGCUUGGGAAACUAAUUCAUAUCUCACAGGCUGCUAUGGGCGAAGUGAAGGAUGCUAAAGGUGCUAAGAACGUGCCUCUUCGAUUGAAAAUUGAUGAUAAGAAAUUCAUCAUUGGAAGUCUCGCUGCCGAGGAUAGAACACAGAUAAUGUUCGAUUUGGUGUUCGAAAGGGAUUUUGAACUUUCUCAUGAUUGGAAAAACGGGAGUGUGUAUUUUAUGGGGUACAUGGCUGAUGAUCCUGUUUCAGAUGGCGAAGAUUUCUCUGGUUUCGAGGAUGAAUCUGAGGAUGAGCCUAUUGAAGCUCAUGAGAAUGGUGGAGUUAUUGCUAAGGCCGAUGGCGCGAAGCCGGGUAAAAUCGACGCUUCUAAGCCUGGAUUGGAUGAAGAUGACAGCGAAUCUGAUUCGGAUGACAGUAUGGGCGAAGGCGACGAUUCUGAUGAGGAUUCUGAGGAUGAUGAUAUUUCGAGCGAGGAAGAGAUAGAUUUGUCGAAGGUCAAUACGAAACAUGAAACCCAACCUGAUUUUUACAUUUCGGGUUAUCAGAAAUCCAAGAAACGAUCAGCUGAGCCUGCUGCGGAAACUCCAGUUCCUGCCAAGAAAGCAAAGCCUGCCGCCACUCCUAAUAAGACAGGUAACAAAAAGGAACAUGAGGCGACUCCUAUCCCCUCCAAAGCCACUGGAAAAACUCCAAACAGCAACAAACCGAAGGAUCAGACGCCAAAAUCUGCAGGCCCGUCUUGCAAAUCCUGCAGCAAGACAUUUGCUUCCGAGAAAGCUCUGGAAUCUCACACCAAGGCGAAGCACGGGGGCAAAUGAAGAUGAACGAUUAUUACGGUUGAUUUUUACUGCUUUCGAGAUAGCUUCAAACGGUAAGAGUUUAAAGAUUGUUGCUGCUUUUAAGUGGUGGAAUCAGAAAGUACAUAAAUCUGAUUCGAUUUUGAUGGAAAAAAGGAUACUUAAUUAUUGCAGAACUUGAUGCAUUUGUUCUC